AUGCUGGUUUGUAUUCGAAAUGCCUCGAAUUUGGCUAACAAAUUGGGGAGAUUUAUAAGCCGUCUUGGGUGGGAGAGUCCGAAAAUGUUGAAACUUAAAAGGAACUCUGGUGUUGGUCUGAAGGAGGAGGAAGAAGACGAGAUCGAUAAUGGACGAAAUUCGGUUAAUACAAUUAAUAAAAACCUAAAGGAAUGA